UUCAUCUCUUCACUCUACUCCACUAGUCCACUCUCGCAGUCACUUCGACGAUCGCUUGAGUCCGUGGGAACAUGGCCACCGUGUCGUCGUCCUCGACGCCGCCAACGCCGCACCGGCCAUCCGUGGAGCGCACGAAGGGUCCCACCGGCCUCGAGAAGCUCGUCCUCCGCGAGUCGCGCGGCUGGUCCGCGGAGGUCCAUAUUUAUGGAGGUCAAGUAACCUCUUGGAAGAAUGACCAUGGAGAUGAAUUGCUUUUUAUGAGCAGCAAGGCCAUUUUCAAGCCUCCAAAAGCAAUCCAUGGUGGAAUACCCAUUUGUUUUCCCCAAUUUGGAACACAUGGAAAUCUUGAGAAACAUGGAUUUGCAAGGAACCGUUUCUGGGCUAUUGAUGAUAAUCCUCCACCUUUCCCAGUAAACACUGCUAUAAAAACUUUUGCUGAUCUCAUUCUGAAGCCUUCUGAAGAAGAUCUCAAGAUUUGGCCUCAUAGCUUUGAAUUUCGAUUAAGAGUUGCUCUUGCGCCUGGAGGAGAUUUGAUUCUCACUUCUCGAAUCAGAAAUACAAAUAUUGAUGGAAGACCUUUCUCAUUUACUUUUGCAUACCAUACGUACUUCUCGGUAUCUGACAUAAGUGAAGUACGUGUUGAAGGGCUGGAGACCUUGGACUACCUUGACAACCUUACAAAAGAGCGAUUCACAGAGCAAGGAGAUGCAAUCGUGUUUGAAACAGAGAUUGACAAAAUUUAUUUAGACGUGCCAUCAAAAGUUGCGAUAAUUGAUCAUGAGAAGAAAAGAACAUAUGUCUUAAGAAAAGAUGGGCUUCCGGAUACUGUUUUAUGGAACCCAUGGGAUAAGAGGUCAAAAAUCAUGCAAGAUUUCGGAGAUGAAGAAUACAAACACAUGCUGUGCGUUGGACCUGCAAAUGUUGAGAAACACAUUACCUUGAAACCUGGUGAAGAGUGGAAAGGAAAGAUGGAGCUCACAGCUGUUCCUUCCAGUUACUAUAGUGGACAGUUAGAUCCAGAGAAGGUUCUUCAGGGAUGAGAAUUCUAACCUGCAAAGAUCUUGUGUAGGAAUGGCUGGCGUCGCUUACAUUACUUGGUGGCUGCCCUGGUGUUGAAGCUGUUUCAACUUACGAGCCUUUGUUCGUCGCCAUUUUCAUCCACUUAUGUGUCUUUAUUGUUAGUAUAUAGAAGCAGGUGAUCACUGCAAUAAUAAGCCGCGCUAGUAGCUUUGGAAUAUCUGAUUGUGCCCUCAGACCUCAGUGGACUCAAAUUAGUGAAUAAUAGCAUCCAUUGUUCAGAAUUGUUCGCCGGACAUAUGGAUGGUGCCUUACUUUACAUUAGGGCUAGGAGAUGUCUUUCCUUUUCUAUUAGUGUGUAGAGACGUUAUCUUGGAUACAUGAGUUCACCUGCUCCUGGAUGGGGAUAUGUUUUUUUGAAAGAAAUGGCAGGAGCUUUGCCUCUCAAUUAAGAAAGAAGUAAAAGAGUUUUCUAUGUACAAUUUAUAGAAACAGCAGCAACAGGAAAGCCAAACACAAAGCAGCUGAACACUGGCAGAAAAACAAAUUGCAACUUGCUAGCCAGCUCUCUCAAUAGCCCUUUUUCUUUGUGCAAUGUCUUCUUUGAUUCUUGAAGCAACCUGCAAGGCCGGUUCAUAUACAUUGCUCAAAAUUCUACGAUUUCUCUCCUUCCAAAGAUUCCAGCAUGUGUAAAUGACCAAGCCGUUGAAGCGCCUUCUUUCUUCUUUUGUGACCAUGAGUACGGUGUCCUCCCACCAUGAACUCAAGCGUUCAUGUAAAUCAACGAUAAUGGCACUUUUUUUUCUAUUUAUGUUUCCUUCUGGGCCAUCGUCUGUAGCCCCGUUAUCAUUCAAAACAAUACUAUUUGUCACGAUCUAAAUGUAAUUAGCAUGCCAAUCAUCGUAUCAUGAGAGCAUGAUUAUAAUAUAAUUAAAUUAAUAAAUGUAGGGCUAAGCCUUAUUCUCUGCCUUGGUCUAACUAGGCUCCGUCGCCAGUUAAACCUUGUUUUUAGCAUUAAAAUAGAAGGUUUGAGAUGACAUGAUAGACCCAUGUCAUGAAUUAUGAGUGAUUGUAAAGAUGAGAUGAUUGAGUUUUGGUUAAGUUAAACUAAUAUGAUUUUAUGUUUCUUAGCUUGUGAAUGUGCAGAUGUUGAGUGCAUCAAGAUGGUCGAUGGCAGUGAAGAAGGUUAAGUGCGGAGUUCAAAUCAAUGGACCAUGGACGGUGAAAACAUAAUAGUUUGAACUGAUCGACCAUGGACGGUGAAAACAGAACACAGUCAAGGCGAGGCGUCUAAGGACAUGGAGCACACAUAUUGAUAUCGAAGGGGUUGUGUACUGGCUAUAUCUAUAAGGCCUUGUUUAGAUGUAGUCAGAUUCACCUCAAUCCACAUGUGUUAGAG